AAAUCCUUUAUCGAUAUCAUAACUCUUAGACAACAUAUGGGAGUUCAUACUGGAGAGCGACCUUACAGUUGUAAGGACUGUGACAAGUCCUACAGCACUCCCUCAAAACUUCGAAUACAUCAAAGAAUUCAUACUGGAGAGAGACCUUACAUAUGUGAGGAAUGUGGCAAAUCCUUUACCAGAUUAUCAUGUCUGAGAAUACAUAAGAGAGUUCACACUGGGGAGAAACCUUAUAAAUGUAUGGAAUGUGACAAGUCCUUUACACAGGACUCAAAUCUUAGAAGACAUCAGAGAGUACAUACUGGAGAAAGGCCCUAAAG